GUUCACGCUAGGUAUUAUUAUAUACUACAAGUUGUAAAACCUCACUCAAAGUGGCAAGAAGAAUUCUCAACUAUUUUGGUUUUGUAUAUUUUUCAUAUCUUAAUUUGAAUCCGAUUUAAGAUUGUGAAACAUUCUCUGCCAAAUUGUGUUGCUGUGCAGCUACAACAAACAAUGGCUCAGCAACCGAAGCGUACAAUCCAAAGCUCAUUCUCAUCCUCUCCUCGUUCUUAUUCUUCAUUCUCAAAUCGUCCCAUCACGCUCCUCCUCCUUCUCCUUCUAGCUCUCUUCCUUAUCUUCGGUGUGCUCUUACCCUGGCCAGGAUCUCCCUUAUUACUAUUCCCAAACAGAGUCUCUUCUUAUUCUACUUCUUUGUCUCCGGAAGCCAAAUCCAAAUGGCGUGACUAUACCCUCGCUGAGGCUGCCAAGUUCGUUGCUAAGAACGGCACUGUGAUCGUCUGCGCCGUGAGCUCACCCUUCUUGCCUUUUCUCAACAACUGGUUGAUUACUGUUUCUAGACAGAAGCAUCAGGACCAAGUCCUUGUGAUUGCUGAGGAUUACACUACUCUGUACAAAGUCAACGAAAACUGGCCUGGCCAUGCCGUUCUUAUUCCUCCAGCGCUCGAUUCGAAGACCGCACACAGUUUUGGUUCCCAGGGUUUCUUUAAUUUCACAGCUCGAAGGCCGCAGCACCUCUUGCACAUUUUGGAGCUAGGAUACAAUGUUAUGUACAACGAUGUUGAUAUGGUCUGGUUGCAAGACCCGUUUCAGUAUUUGGAGGGAAGCCAUGACGCGUACUUCACGGACGACAAGCCUGAAAUUAAACCUUUGAAUCAUUCUCAUGAUUUGCCACCUCCGGAUCAAAACGGAGAGACUUAUAUAUGUAGCUGCAUGAUUUACUUGCGCCCCACUAAAGGUGCAAAGGUUCUAAUGAAGAAAUGGAUAGAGGAACUUGAGUCCCAAGUUUGGUCUGAGUCCAUCCGUUUUAAAGCAAAUGAUCAGCCUGCUUUUAACUUAGCACUUAACAAAACAGCUCAUUUGGUGGAUCUCUACUUGCUUUCUCAGGUAGCUUUCCCAAAAGGAGGAUUGUACUUUAACAACGAGACAUGGGUUAAAGAGACAAAGGCAAAACAUGUCAUAAUCCACAAUAACUACAUUAUCGGUUAUGACAAGAAGAUGAAACGCUUCCAAGAAUAUGGUCUAUGGCUAGUCGAUGAUCAUGCUCUUGAGUCUCCAUUAGGGAAAUUACAGUAAAUUCUAACGAGGUAAAGAAAGAUAGUUCCACUGAGCUAAUUACUUGAAAAUUUUCGGGGAUCUCUAAAGGUAUGUGUGAAUAAUGACUAACUCAGUGUGCUCUUGAGUUUGGUUAAAUCCACUUGUAAUGUUAGUAGAAACAGAGGAAAAACAGGGGAAAUAUAGAGAUAGGGAGAUGUUUGUGGCAGACAAAAUUUGGCAUGUAUGUAGUAAACAAAUGAGAUUGGAGAUGUAUAUGUCUUUGACAUUAUUUGAAUCACAAAUAGUUAAUAUAUAAUAAUU